CCUGUCCGCUCCGCGCUUUAAGGCUGGUUGAAGGGAGAACAGAAACCAAGUUCCCCAGCAACAAUCAGCAUCCACCCGGAGAGAGCCCGGGGAGGCUGCUCCGCGCUGGCGGCUCAGUGCCCGGCGCUCCCACCCAUCCACCCCACCUUCUCUCCCUCCUCCUCCUUCUCCUCCUCCUUGCCCAUCCUUCGCCCUAUCCGCUCAAAACUCCUCAGCUGAGCUCCCCCUACACCCCAUCGUCUGCAACUAAGAAAGAAAGAGGACUUCUAGAAGAGGGAGGGGGUCGGAAACUUCCCCUCCAUCCCCUAUCUCUAGCUCUGGUAGCGCACCCCUUUUCAGUCUCGCUCUCCACUGCGCCCCAGGUUGCUCACUCGGGCCAAGCGCCAGCCAUGUCUAUGCUGCCGUCUUUUGGCUUCACCCAGGAGCAAGUGGCCUGCGUUUGCGAGGUUCUCCAGCAAGGGGGGAACCUGGAGCGAUUGGGGAGGUUUCUCUGGUCCCUUCCUGCCUGCGACCAUCUGCACAAGAACGAGAGCGUCCUCAAGGCCAAGGCCGUGGUCGCCUUCCACCGGGGCAAUUUCCGUGAGCUGUACAAGAUUUUGGAGAGCCACCAGUUCUCGCCUCACAACCACCCGAAGCUGCAACAGCUGUGGCUGAAGGCUCACUACGUGGAAGCAGAGAAGUUGCGGGGCCGACCCCUCGGAGCAGUAGGGAAGUACCGGGUCCGCCGAAAAUUCCCUCUGCCGAGGACCAUCUGGGACGGGGAAGAGACGAGCUAUUGCUUCAAAGAAAAGUCUCGAGGUGUGCUGCGGGAGUGGUACGCACACAACCCUUACCCCUCACCCCGGGAGAAGCGCGAGCUUGCUGAGGCUACUGGGCUGACCACCACCCAGGUCAGCAACUGGUUUAAAAACCGGAGGCAAAGGGACAGAGCGGCGGAAGCCAAGGAAAGGGAAAACACUGAAAACAAUAACACAUCCUCCAACAAGCAGAAUCAGCUCUCUCCCCUGGAUGGGGGCAAGCCACUCAUGUCCAGCUCAGAAGAGGAAUUCUCACCUCCCCAGAGUCCAGAUCAGAACUCAGUCCUCCUACUCCAAGGCAAUCUGAGCCAUGCCAGAAGCUCAAACUAUUCGUUGACCGGCUUAACUGCCUCUCAGACAGCCCACAGCCUCCAGGGGCACCAGCAUCAGCUCCAGGACUCCCUUCUUGGACCCCUUACCUCUAGCUUGGUGGACUUAGGCUCCUAAAGCAAAAGUACUUCUGGCCCAUGGAGAACUAGUUGAAGCAUCCACUGAUCAGCAACUAGAAACAUUUGUAAAUAUAGAACAGAAACAAUUUUGCAGCGCAUAUCUGGGGAACUUUACACAUCAAGGAAACAUGAACUUUCACAAAUACCUUUUUUUAAAAAGGGCAACAGAAACAACACUGCUCUCAAGAAAUGAUCUCUCCUCCCCAAUUCUUAUUACUUUUACCUUUACUCCCUUGUCCCUAAGUGCUGGUGCAAACCCCUAAACUAACAAAACUUCAAUGACCUACCAGUCUAUGCUACUGAUACCAUCACCUUAAAUUAAGUUUAAAAAAAAAAACCAGGAAUUACAAACUAGUUGGAUUUCAAUUCUUUAAUUUAUUUAUGAUACAUUUUAAAAGGAGAGAGUAAAAAGAGAAGUCUGAUGCAAACAAGAGUCUCUACCAUUGGGGGAAUUUGGUUGAAUUCUUAAGCUGAAUAGGGAAAAAAUGCUCAAAACCUUUUUUUGAGGGAGGAAAUUAAGUUUACAUUUUUCAUAUCUAGUGUUAAAUGAUUUCAAUUUAGUUUAAAAUAAAAAAGUAUUAGAAAAAUCAAGUGCCUAAAUGUCUUAAUGCACAUCUAUAAGGCAGUUAGAAAUAGAAAGUGACCGUUGCAUUUUUGUUGGACUCAUAGGGAUGGGGGGGGGUGUUGAUUUUCUUAUCUUAUCUUUUCUUUUCUUUUUUUUGGAUGGACUUUUGAAAUGCAUCAUUGUGAAGUAUCACAGUUUCCUGGAUGUUUUUUUUUUUCUUAUGCCCUCAAUGCUUUCAUAUCCAGUAGUAUACUCUUGUUAAGUGUUUCUCCCAUUCCUAGUUUUUAGCUUGCAAAAGUAUUCCCAUAAAUCUGGUGACCUGGUAUUUGUUACCCAAAAUGGCAUGUGUUUUUCAGGGUUCUUUUCUAUUGUACCUAAAGCAGCUUAAAUUAAAACGCAGCGGAGCAUCAGGAGUAUGGUUCUCUUUUCCAAAGGUGAGUUUCUGUGUUGCUGUCAUCCUAAUUUUAAACAUACAGUUUUUGCCUUUCCUACUCCUGAUUGUUUGGAUUGUAGAGCACUUUGAUGGUCAUUUAUCUGAAGCAGUUGUAGGAUCUGGUUUUAUCAUAUGACAGAAAAAAGGGUAAACAUAGCUUUUUGGAUAGUCUUUUAAAAAUAUUUGGAAAUAAUGCUUCUGGAGUGCUCUUCUUGAGAAUAUUAAUGUGUUAAUGCAGACAAUCUAUGUCAAAAGACCUGUUGACAAGAAGUAACAAAAUUUAUCAGACAAAAUUAGGAAAUCGAUUAGUACAAGUAACACCAUGACUAUGUCCUGUAGGAAUGGUAUGCAAGCUGACUGAACAGAAAUCUCUGUGCACUUGCUGUGAGACUAUGCUUUGAAAAAUACCAAUAAUUACAUAGGCUCUUGGUUAUUUUUAUUUGGGGUAAAAGUGACACAGCCUUUAUACUAAGCUUUAAAUUUUAGUGAGUUGCAUUAUUUAUUAAAAUUAUUCUCAAGAUUACUGGAUUGGCUGUUUCUUGAUUCAUAAAAUAUUGUUCCCCAAGGACAGCCUGAGUUUCUGACCCGAGUUUCAUAAUCUUGAUUCCCCCCCUUCCAUAAGUAGCACCACUUACAUAUUCAUUUAGUAUGUUGACCUUCUCCCCCACCUUUAAGGGCAAUCCAAGGAAGGAGCAGCAUGGUGAAUGGAGGGAGUGCUGGAUUUAUAGUCAGAGAAACUGGGUUCAAUUCCAGGCUUUGCUUUUCUCUUGACUGUGUCAUUUGGGGCACCUCACUUGACCUCUCUGUCUUUCAUCUCUAAAAUGAAGGGACGGGAGUUGCUGAACUUUAAGAUUCCUUCCAGUUCUGAAUCUAUAAUCCUUUGAAUUUUGGGAAAUGGAAAAUGAGAGCUUCUUAUUCUAACUAGUUCUUUGGAAACUGAAAAUGAUUUAUAUGUAAUUGAGGGAAAGGGUCUUAAUUGUUUCAUGUUAUUAUAAUAACUUUUAUCUAUGAAAUCAUUUCUCUAUCACAGAUCGAUAAUUUGUUCAGAGAUGUUCAUUUGGGUCGGGAGCUCCUGGUCCCAAUAUCCCUUGUUAGCGUUUUGGAUCAUUAAGUCACUGUUUAUUUAAGUCACUAGGGUGUUUAUUCUCCAGGUCUUGGGCCACGGAGAAAUGCCACCCUCUGCAGGAGGGACUCUCACGAAGGGAUCUUCGUACAUUCUUUACAUUCACCCCCCAAAACAAAUACCCAGCACAAAGAUAGCUUUAAAUGACCCAGACCAACUUCAAAGGACACCGCGGAAAUCUCCCUCGAAAAUAAGGAAGGGCCAAUUACUUUAAUUUUUUACAUGCCCUCUCCUCCCCCUCUCCUCUUCUACUUCUUCCACUUUCUUACAGCUCAGCUUGGUAUAAUUUUAGUAGCAGAGAUGCUCCCUGUGACUUCUUGACAGACGGAGGAAGGCUAGAUGCUCGUCUUCUGCUCCCUCAGUUGGUGAGUCUUGGGAAUGCCAGGCAAUUUGCAGAGCAGUCGAGCUGCCCUGGUACUGUAAAAAGGCCCCGUGAUUACUGCUUGUAAAGUCGUUAAAAGAGCAAUUUUCUGUCACAGCCAUAAACUCUCUGUAAAAAUCCCUGGCUCUCGGGUGCAGCGCAAGCAUAUUCCAGAUGUGUUUCAAAAGAAAUUGCACAAUCCCUCCCUGCUCCGCCUGGUGACAGGAUGGGAAGGAAGGUGAGAAUGCUGGAGAUGGCUUUUGUUUUCUCCUCAUUUCCAAGAGCUCAGUCGCAUUAGAAGAAGUGAUUUUUUUUUUCAAGAGAAAAUUUGGGAAGGGAAUCUUUAGAGACUUCGAGGAGUGAUUCCAUUCUCUUUUUCAGUGCGCCUGUCUGCUUUAAUUUAUUUUCAAAUUUCCUUUCGGGUUCCAUUUACAGACUUAAUGAUGACGGUUAAAUUAAUGAACAAAGGCUCAUCAGUAAUAAAGUAUUCUUAGGGGGAAAGUACCUUAGAGGCUCUGCUAAGCGAAACGAGAAACAAGGGAGAAAAGAGGGGGAAUUUGGCCAUUUUCUGGAAGUUUUAAACAGUAUCCAGCUCUCUGAACUUUUUGGCUUUAACCUUUGACUUAGAACUAAGGUUUCUGAUAUUUGGGAUAAGAGGACGUUAAAAGACAUUUUCUCAAUUUCCAGCGGAUGUGUUACUGUCACAGCAAUCCUACACAGGGUGGGAAAGAUUCUGAGGGACUGAACACCACUGGCCUUGACCAUAGUCUCCUCAAAGGAAGUUCUUGUUUUAAUUUUGAGUCGGAAGAAAAAACACCUACUGACUGUAUUAAGGUGCUUGGGGCAUGAGGGGUCCUACGAAAAAGAAAUCCAUAGCCUCCAGAAAUUCGAGAGAGGAACAAAUGUGCUACAAGAGGCAGGCGAGCGGGCCCUUUGCUGAGCACGAUGAGCCUUGGGAUUGAAGUGAAAUACGGGCCGAUUGCGAUGACCUUCUAAAGCUCUAUGCGGCGGAGUUCACUCACACUAGUUUUUACUUUCUGGCUGUGGGAUCUUCCGUGCUGCUUGUGGCCUCCGAUCUGAGGUUGGGGUUGUGGAUGCAUACCAUGAUGUUUAAGGAUGUGUCAGGCCGGCAGGUCUCUGUACUUGUACGCCUCCUCCAAAGAGGAGGCUCUGGACUAGGUGAGGUGACUGAGCAAGUCGAGCACUACCUGCCUUCAGUUUCUCUGACCCAAAGCAGUCUCAGCAAUCGAAUAGCGGCCUCGGUGGCGGCGAAAAAAAAACCUGGAGCUGGGCGAGGUAGAGCCGCAGCACUGUAGCUCCCCGACUCCUGACUCCUGGUUUUCCCCGUCCCUAGUCUUACUUGAUGUCCCCAGCGAGCUAUAUGAAGCUGGGAGUGGAUGCAGGCUUCGACACAACAAAAAUACCACCUUCCCUGCAAGAAUCUGGGAAAUUAUUGUCUGGGCUGGGAAACCGUGACUAGAGCUAUUCUGUGUCCGUGGUGCCUCCUCUCAGGAGAUCAGGCUGGUUGCUGUGUGGAGGUGGGGUUGGCGCCUUCAGCACCCACGGUUUAAAGCCAAUGGAGAAAGCCUCUUGUUCACUCUGUUGUGGCCGGUGUUGGGAGACUGGCAAGGUGGGAGACGUAAAGCUUACACCUUCUUAGCCUGAUGGCAAGUAGGCUUCUCCGCUAGACCCCGCUCUCCCGAGUACCAGCCCAUAUCUGCUGAAUUUAUAGCAGGCCAGAUGGGCAACAGAUCGGGUGAAAGCAGGAGACAGCUAAGUUUUCUUUGGGGGGAGCCUCUGUAUUUAUUUCCCUGACACGCACUUUUAGUAGUUCCGGCAACUUCUUACAGACUGUUUGUAACUGGGACUCCCGUCGGAACCGAGGAGCUGACAAGCCUGGAAGAGCUGAGAGGUGAUUGAGCUGUGGCCUUUGGUGCUUGACAAAGGGUCAUAGAAGGUUCACUUGAAGGGGACAGAGUUUAUGUGGCCUAAGCUAGCACCAAGGGCGCCCGCGACAACCUAAAGGAGACGGAGGAAAACUCACUCUAGGUUCUGGAAUGGCUACUUUCUCUAGGCCUGUCUAGGACCAGAGGCUCCAGUCCUUAACUGAGGCCCUAAAGGGAGACUGGGAUCUCUUGGAUGGUAGUGUUGAGCCUGGCCACUGAUGAAUUCAGUGUAUCAGAACCCAGAACAAAAGGUGGGCACCUCCCAAUUCCCAUCCUAACAAAACAAGCUGCUUUGCAUCUUUGCUGUCCGUAGUUGACCUGGUUGUACAGUGGUUUUCUGAAGGGUGUGUGUGUGUGUGUGUGUGUGUGUGUGUGUGUACGUACAUGGAGGACCACGGCAUUUUCUCUCUAGGUUUCUGAUCUUUUUUAAUCCCGGGGCAACCUAGAGUGGCAAUUGGUCCACUCCAGAGACUGUCACAUGGGAUGAAGGAUCUUUAUUUUCCUUUAAAAUAAUACAAAAACAAAAACUGAAGCUAGUAGGAGCUGGGAUCACUUCUUGGGCUGGGUGACUGCUUCUCGUUGGUGACCCUUGGAUUCCCAGCCCCCAGCACUGGUAUAAAAUAGAUUCACAGCUGCUCAAAAUCCUUACCCAAGGCCCCUCAAGGACUCAGAAUAAAAUCCUCGAGUUGUGAUUGGGACUGAGAACUUGACUAGCAUUGAAAGGAAAGAGUGGCUGCCAUAUAGACAUAUUUGCUCCUAUAAGCAGUUGUCCAGGUGGAUAGGAAGGGCAUCUAGGAGCAAAAUAAAACCAAUAUAAGGGCAAAUUGCAGAAAAAUUUCUAUCCAGAAAAAGUCUUACUCUGAAAAGUCUAGUUUUAUUUCGAAUAUUUUAAAACUGAGCACACACACUUCAGUCCAGCUGAUGAAAUAAGAAACCUGUUCCCCUACUGAGGAUGACAUUCAGUGUUUUCGAGGCGCUGGUCCUUCCAGACAGCGAGAAACAACACUGCAGUAGCAUUUAAAAACAAAGGAAACUAGGCUCAGAGAGGCAAGCGAACUGCCCUUCCCAUCAGGGUUUUAACUUCCAUCUUUUUAACUUGUUAACGGAAAACCGAGAAGAGAGUUCCCAGCAGGUAGAUUAGAACUACCUGAAGAUUUGUUCUCUACUUUUGUUUUGCUACUUGAGUGUCUGACGAUUUUCUCUCCCCUGAAAUUGGUCAAUGCCGAGGUUCUUACCUUUACUGAAAAGCGUAGACAUUAUCAGAACGGUGUCUUCUUUUUUAUCAUUAACUAGGUUAUAACCGAAUUCUGUUUUGAGAAAGGAAAAGUUUAACUUUAAAUUGAAAUAUUGAAAUAUAUUUGAAUUAGCUACCGAAUUGUAACUGGAUUAAAUUAAAUAGUACUAGCUGUUCCCUCCCCUUCCUUCCCUCCCGCCCCCAAAUAAGAAUCUUCAUAAAAAAAUUAAACUACCCACUUCUUUUCCAAUUAUAAAUAGGGAAGUAAAAACGAAGAAUUUUCUCCCUCUCUGGUUGGCACCACCCCAACUUCAACAAUAUGGAAAAUACAUUUUUACCCCCUUGAAAAAAGCAUAUCCAAAAUGGAACACAACGGAUUUAGAAAGUUAGGUUUUAAUUUGCAGAUGAAAUUAUUUUAAUCCAGGAUUUAAAAAUUAAUCAUUGCUUUAAAAACUCACAGUCUCUUCUUAGCUGAAGAUAUUUUGCUUGGGGAAUUUGCAAGAAUGGAUAACUUGGGGUUUUGUAUGGAACCCCUUAAAAUAAAGUUUUGAAAAAUUGUCCGAGACUACAUUUUCUUAUGAUGAUUAAUUUCCACUGAAUCUAUUGAAUAAAAAUUUUAAUGUAUUCAUAGGGAAGAUCUGAAAGGUGAGCAUCACUAGGAGUGAAUGCUCUUUGUGUCAAUCUGUUAUAACCUUAACUGUACCCAUUUGUUUAUGUCUUCUACUUACAAAAACAAUCACUUUACCUCUUCUUUCAUUUUGUUUUUGUUUAAGGUAUUGACAUAUUAUAAUAGCUUCUUUGAAAAGGCUCUAUUCUAAUUAGGAUUGACAAUUGUAAGAAAUGUUCUAAAUACCAGGGAAAGGGCAAUAAAGUGAUGGGGGGAGGGGAAGAAAAUAGUUUUCACCUAAUAAUACACCUUUGGUCAUACUUAUCCAAAAAUUAUACUUUGGCUGUAAACAUCUGUAUGUCCUAUUUUUCCUUCUUAACUUUUGGAGCUUAAAAAAAGGGAGAAACUUUCAAUGUUAAUCAGAAUGCAAAAUUUCAGUUUGAGCUUAAGGAAUCCAUUUACAAUCCAGAGAAACACUUGUGUCUGUGAACCAAGGAAGUAGUACAUUAAAGACAGAAUUAAGACUGGACUCCCAGAAUACACCGGACAGCACACAGAUAGGAAAUGGAUGACAAGCAGGUCGAAUGAAAAUUAGGUUGUUUAGAAAAGUCAAUAUGCUUUAGUAUCUGUGUAAUGAAAGGAACAUUUAAACAAGGGAGCUCUUGUCUCUAUCCACAGAUAUAUGCUAUGAAUACUUUCUAUGCAUUACAGAUGCUAUAUAAACAUAAUAUGCUUCCUCCUGAAGUCAAGUUCUUGAUUUUAAUUGAAGAAUAAUAUUGCUCAGGGCUCUACCUCUAAGUACAAAUAGCUUGUCUAAGAAGAUCAG